CAAGAGAGCAGAUCCUGAGCGCCUGCAGCAUGCUUCCGAACGGUGCUCCCUGGAGUCUGCAGUUGAAGAAAACCUCCCGAAGGGCCCUCGAGAGAUGACGGCAGGGGACGAAAGGAAGUUCCAGACAUCAUGAUGUUUCACCCCUCGAUCUCCUACGUGAUCAAAGUGUUGCUGCCACACCUAAUUCCAUAAUUCUGCCUGGUGUCCGCUUCAUAUUAAAAUGUCCCCACUUGUCCCAGGGACAGUUUUAUAGCUGGUUUCUUUUUUUUCUGAAUAAGGAUCCGUUAGAACUAGAUGUCCACAAACUGCAUCUGCGACAGUUUAGUAAUGUCUUAAAGUCUAGACCCUAGAAUAGCCCCCUUGUCUUUUUCAUGAUUUUUUCAUUAGUGCAGGACAACUGUGUUUUAAAAUUUCCCACUUUUCUAGAUUUAUUUGCUCACGGUGUCAUUUAACCACUUCCUGUAAGCCCUGUGUUGCAUCACACGUGAGUAGACUGGAGUUCUGAGUGGCUCAGGGUUAAAAUAGCUUGGCAACAACAUUACAGGUGGUGUGCCCCAGGAGGCAGUCCCAUUCUUUAUCCCACAAACAACAGGAGCCCUCCUCCCUGGUGAAAAGACACACGAGGGAAAAAAAUAGGAAGAGACUGCAUAGAUAGUCCUACAGCUAAUAAAUAUGGAGUCUGUUGGUACCGACGUGCAGAUUUCCCCUUGGGAGCACUGAGGAUUCUCAGGCUACCUCUGAGGUCCACGCAGGCAGCGAUGUGGCAGCUGCUGCGCCAUCAGUCCCCACAGCACCAACAGGGUGCACAGGAGUUGCUCAGCUAGAACACGAGCUCGGCACCCGCCCUCCGUGGGACUUGGUGUUUCCAUCGAUCUUCACAGCAAAGCCAGUCAUGCUGAGUAUUCAGGAGACAGAAACCAUUUCUUUGUUUAAAAAAAAAAAAAAUAGGGCACCAAAAUGAAGGAUGAUGUGUUUCUGGCUUUAGUGGAAAGAGCGAUAGACUGUAGGAAUAUUCAAGGACUGAGGAUUUGUGAAGUUCUCCAAGCACCUCCCUGUGAGUGCCAACGGUCUGCUCCAACAAAUUCAGAUGUGACAGAGGGCCGCGGCCGUGGCCCAGCCACCAAGAGCGCCAUCUCCAGACCAGAACCAGUCAGUCCGUCCUUUGGUCUGAUGCUGAGAAGGAGACUCACCUUUGAAGACAGAAAGGCAUUUAUUUCACUUUGACCUGUUUUUUCUAGGAUGGGAAACAAAAGGUCCUAGCAGUAGGAAAGGCUGCACUUUGAAGAGAAAACCUAGAUUUAUUGGAAUAGGAGCCUCGCAAGCCUGGAACGCCCGAGGCGGACUGUCGCAGAAAUGGGGAAAACGGAAGGCGCGUUCUCCAGGACGCUGCUGCUCAGACGGUGGCCCUGACCUGUCAGAAAUGCGGAAUCUCAGGCCUCCCCUAGACCUGUGGGAUGCAGACCUGUGCUUUAACAGGCUUCCCAGGGUUCUUCUGCACACUUGGGGGAGUUCCUGUUCCAGGGGCCCUGCUUACAUCCACACUCACCGGACAGGGCGGGGCCGGGUCUGCUUUCUCCACACUCCACCCACUGCGGGUGCUCCGUGAGGCCUGGCAGGCGGUGCAGGGGUAUGCAGGUGAGCUCGUCCUCACGGGUCUUCGUGCCUCUUCACAGGGUCGGGGCCCUGGCUCCCUGCCACAGAGAGUGACGCGGCGGUGGCCUUCGCCCUGCAGCAGGAGUUUGGGCAGGAACAAGCAUCGUUACCUGAUGAGAACCUGGAGGAGACAGGGUUGUUCUUCUGCCAGAUCUGUCAAAAGAACCUCUCAGCCAUGAACGUGACACGGAGGGAGCAGCAUGUGAACCGGUGCUUGGAUGAGGCUGAAAAGGCACUGGCACCCACCACACCACGGAUCCCCGAAUGCCCGAUUUGUGGGAGGCCGUUUCUCACCCCGAAGAGCAGAAUCAGUCACCUGAAACAGUGCGCGGUGAACAUGGACGUGGGCCCCCAGCUCCUGCUCCAGGCCGUGCGGCUGCAGACGGUUCCACCGGAGGGGGCCUGUGGCACACUGGCAUCAAGCUUCAGCCAUCAGGCUGGAGGUGUGAAGCGGAGGGGAGCCACCAACCAGAAGGAGCUGCAGAGGAAGCGGAGGGUCACCAAGCCCGAGGCGCCGUCCGAGGACUUGCUGGUGGCCAUGGCCUUGUCCCGGUCUGAGAUGGAGCAGGAGGCUGUGCCAGCGGUGCUCAGACUGGGAAAUGCCUUUUCUGAGAGGAUAAGACUGGGAGCAGAAAAGAAGAGCCGCAAGAGGAAGGCGCCUGUUUCCCCUCCCCCAUUGUUAGUCCAGGACCCGGAGACCAUGGGGAGGCUGACGGCGGAUAGGGUGGCCCAGCUCUUUGCCGAGGAGGUGGAGGAGCUGUCCAGCACGCCGCCGCUUCCCACGAGCAGGAUUCUAAAGGAAGAGCUGGGAAAGGCCGGUCGGUGUCUGCGGCCACCUGGAAGGAAGCAGAACUUUCUGUGGGAAGGCAGCGCCCUGACUGGAGCCUGGGCCCUGGAAGCCUUCUACACGGCAAGCCUGGUCCCUCCCAUGGUGCCCCAGCGGCCUGCAAAGGCUCUUACACAGGAGCCCAUGCUCCUCCCAGGGCUGCCUGACCAGCCAGAGCUGGGAGUGCAGACGCCACCUGCUGUCCCCAGUGCCCACCCUGCAGGCCACAGCCCCAGGAGCCCAGGCCCCUCUGCCAGCCAGAGGGAGCACCAGGCCCUGCAGGACCUUGUGGACCUGGCGGGAGAGGGGAUGAAUGCCAGCCCAUGGCCCUGCAGUGGGGGACCAGCCAGCCCGGGAGGGGUUGCAGGGAUGGAUUUGUCACCCACUGGCCUUCCACUGACUGGGUUUAUCCCGCCAUCCCAGGAAGAGCAGCUGGAGAGGGGCGGCCAAACUUCGCUCACCCUCAGUUUGCUGCUGGCUGACUUCAGAGCCAUGGUCAAUAACCCACAGCUGAGCGACAUCCAGCUUCAGACAGACAGCGGGGAGGUGCUUUACGCCCACAAGUUCGUGCUUUAUGCCCGCUGCCCCCUUCUCAUGCAGUAUGUGAACAGCGAAGGCUUCUUCGCCGUGGAGGACGGCGACGUGAAGAGCCAGCGCGCGCUGCUGGGUGGCGUGAGCGCCGAGGCUGCCCGUGCGCUCCUGCACUAUCUCUACACCGCGGACCCCGGCGUGCCUCCCCGGCUGGUGCCCGGCCUGAGCGCUCUGGCCCGCAGGUUCGGCGUUAGCGAGCUUGUUCUUCUGUGCGAACAAGAGCCUGAUGUGAUGGGUUCAGAGGACAGGCCACGGAAGGAGAAGGAAGACGAGGACUGUGAAAGCCGGGCGGAGAACUUCCAAGAACUCUUGAGGUCCAUGUGGAUAAAGGAAGAGGAAGAAGCAGAGGCUUCAUUGAAAUCCGAGGGCUGUGAAGAAGACAGAGAAAAAGUGGGUGAGGCAGAAAUGGACGAGAUUUAUGAAUUUGCAGCCACUCAGCGCAAGCUGCUCCGGGGGGAGAGCACUCCAGAGGUCAAGGAAGAAACGGACCGGUUUGGGGAGGAUGGUCCCUCGUCUGCACAAAUCUCAUUAAGUGUUCAGGUUCACGAACAGCCGGAAAAUGCAGAAGAGAUGGAACUGUGUGACCAGAGAAGAGAUGAGGCCCCAGUCAAAUGGAAGAGCGUGGGACCGUCCACGCCCCUGCGACUCAAGGGCCAUGGUGCAGAUGUAGAGACAGCAGGGUCCCCAGAGGAAGCACCGGGGCGUCCCGGCUCCUCUCGCCCCUCUCGGGGCGGCCGGACAGGGAGAAAGGAAGGUGCGUUUUGGUGCUCGGCUGCUGCUGCCGCUGAACAGCCCUUUUCAUCGACUCCCAGAAGAUGCCCUGAACCGUCGCAGACAACAAGUGAGCUCCAGGAAGACAAUGGCACGGCCACGAGAAAGGGGGUGGAAAGUCCUUGUACCCCUGCCCACCGGCAGGCACCCCCAUUGCGCCCGUGCCUGUCGAAGCUCCUUCAAGGCAGGAGUCCUGGCCGGCCACGCCCUUGCCCUCGCCCUCAUCACACCGGCCAGUCGCCCAGCGGAGCUUCUAGGGCAGCCUCCCAGGACUCACCAUCCAAGCAGAGGAGGGGCAGGAGCCUCUGCAAGCUACUUAAAGAUCCAGGCCUUCAGAAAGGCAAAGAACGUGGUUCCUUGUUGGAAUGCAGAAAUAAAGGGGCUCCGGUCUCCCCAGAAAAAUCUCCAUCCAUUGACCUCACCCAAUCAAAACCUGGUCAUUUGAGCUCCCGAUCUCAGAAUACUCCAUCCAGCAAGAACACAGAAGAUGAGAUUAUCCUUUUACUGGACUCCGAUGAAGAGCUGGAGCUGGAACAAACCAAAACAAAGUCAGUUCUUAAUGGUCCCCUGGAAGAAAGGAAAGCGCUAGAAGUUAGCACCAAGUCUUCUGAGCUGUUUUCCGUCAUCGACGUUGAUGCAGAUCAGGAUUCUUUCCAAAGCCCACCACAAAGAGAGGCGGAACUGCUGUGUGGGGAGGAGAGGCCGCCAGGGAGCCAGGGCUCGGGGGAGGGCAGAGGGACCCCUCAGCUGUUCUGUGACCCCGAGAGCGGCCCUGAGGAGGACAGCACCACAGACGCCUCAUGGCUGGUGCCCGCCACCCCCCUGGCUAGCAGAAGCCGUGACUCUUCAUCCCAGACCCAAAUAACAGGCCUCAGGUCCAGGGCUUUAGUGGAUCACAUGGCCCAGUUGAAACCCUGGGCCUCCCUAGAAAACAGGGAUAGACCCGAAGCUGCAAAUACGUGUUCGACAGCCAGGCCCCAGAUGUCACCACCGCACUUGGGCCCCAUCAUUGCAGGAAGCCCCGACAGCAGGGGCCCAUGCAGUCCCCACCCCGGGCGCCUCCAGCACUUUGCUCUUCUGGCGGCCUGUCCCAUCUCAGGGGGCCUCGCCGAUUCCACGGGGCGGCUCCGGAAGCGCUCGCCCCUCGGGCCCAGCCUGCUGAAUCAGGCCACCGCGAGUGAGGUAGUGGAGGUGGAGGACAGCGAAGACGAGCGGGAGGUGGCCAACAGCAGCCCCCUGCCGGACAACGACCCUCCGAUCCCUCUUGACGACUGCCACUGGCACGUGGAGCCCCUCUCUCCGAUUCCGAUCGACCGCUUGAAUCUUGAGCUGACGGGGCCCCUGAGCACUAGUAGUCCCAGCGGUUAUGGCCACUCCCCGGCCCUCUCGGGCACCACCCCCAUCCGAGGAAGCCUUGCCGGCCAAAGAAAGGCUCCAGAGAAGUCCCCUCGGGCCGGCUCGCCUGGGAGCAGCAGGCAGAGCUUUCUGGACUCCGCUCUGUGGGACCACUGGGAUGAAAAAGAACAGACGUCUCCAGAGCUCCUUCCUGCGGCCCAGAUGCCGGGUGCUGAUGAAGCUCAGAAAUCAGAAGGGUUAGAGACGCCAAAAGGUGCUCAUUGGAAGAACUUGCCCCCGAAAGUGCCCAUAACCCCAAUGCCAAGGUAUUCCAUCAUGGAGACCCCGGUACUGAAGAAAGAACUGGAUAGGUUUGGCGUCCGCCCUCUACCCAAACGCCAGAUGGUCCUGAAACUGAAGGAGAUAUUCCAGUACACUCACCAGACUCUGGAGUCAGACUCCGAGAAUGAGAGCCAGUCCUCACGGGUGCUCCUGGAGGUGCCUCACAGCCAGACCCAAGCCAGCAAGACGUCCAAGGGCUCCUCUCAUCAAGAGAAUCCUCCUGGUGGAAGCCUCCCUCCAAUGAGCAGGGAGGAGCCUCCAGGCUCUGAUGGUGACGCCCAGCUCCCAGCCUCCCAGGAAUCAGUGGCCUCCUCUGUGGACAGCAGUGACGGGUCCUUUAACUCACAAAGUUCUUCCUGUGAGUUUGGAGUGGCCUUUGAGUCUGCAGGGGAUGAAGAGGGUCAAGAGGAGAUAAGUGCAUCACAGACAGCUGCCCAGGCGGCAGCCACGGAGGAGGCAGUGAGGCGCUACAUCCGCUCCCGGCCGGCCCUCUACCGCAAGGUCCUGCUCUAUCAGCCCUUUGAGUUGGCCGAGCUGCAGGCCGAGCUGAAGCAGCAUGGCAUCCGCAUGGCCCUGGGGAAGCUGCUGGAUUUCCUGGAUGCCCACUGUAUCACCUUCACCACCUCUGCGGCCCGGAAGGAGAAGCUCCAGAGGAAGAGGCGGCAGCCCGUGGCCAAGAAGAAGCGGGGCAGGGCCGCGGGCCGGUCCACCCCUCCCCACCCGCAGCCGUCCGCAGCCUGUGAGCGUCUGCAGCCCCCCUCGGCGAGCCAGGUCUCCACGGGCGUUUCGGGGCCUGGGGACCACAUCAACCCCCCGUGAAAGUGACGAUGGCACCGAGUUGGGUCAGCUUUCCCCAACUCCGUUUCCACGGGCCUCAGGGCCCCAGCCCCUUCCUCUUGUCAGUGCCCAUGGUUUGUCUCCCUUUGUCUCCCUGUGACCCCGCCGUGGGUGGCCGCCAGCUAGCCAGGACGAGGUCUUUCGGGUACAGGGUGUCCUCGUCCUGAGGUGGACAUCCAGGGCCAGCUUGCCCUUGCCCUGCCUUCCUUCUCGACACUUGGCCAUAGUCCCAGCCUCCACCAGCAGACCAGGUGCCCACAAGCCUGUCACUGCCACAUGUUAGGUGCUCUGCUGGCCCACCCAUCCCGCCUAGAUACCUGUCAUAGUCACCAGCAGUCUCCAAACUGGGCAGUGCGGGCGGGCCCGGCUUUGCCGGGUAUGUGGGGGAAGCUAUCUCCAGCCUCAGGAGCGGUGUGGAGUAUGGGUGAGGGCCAGAAAAGAGGAAAGGUCUGGGUCUCUACAUCCGUGUGAAUGCCUUGUCUGUUUUAAAUACGGUGCAGUCCAUUUUAUAUGAUGUGCAAUAAAAACAAAAAGGCUGUA